GAGAGCGGCGCGGGAGACAGUUGCUGUGGUUUCCAUACAGAUUAGGCUGGUUUGUUCUGAGACCUAAAGCUUACGAACGCCGCGACCUGCGUCCGAGUCUAUCAAGCCGUACUUCAGACCGGGGGGCCACGAGCUCAGUGUCCCUUUUCCGACCAGCCCCGGUCGUCGCUUUGCCUUCGCCACUCGGCGCGCGGUCAGGUCGGCUCCGGCGCAGCUGAGGAGAAGGCCGCCGGCGAGAUGUUCAAAAACACGUUCCAGAGCGGCUUCCUGUCCAUCCUCUACAGCAUCGGCAGCAAGCCCCUGCAGAUCUGGGACAAAAAGGUGCGGAAUGGCCACAUCAAAAGAAUCACUGAUAAUGACAUCCAGUCCCUGGUGCUAGAGAUUGAAGGAACCAAUGUCAGCACCACAUAUAUCACAUGUCCUGCAGACCCAAAGAAGACAUUGGGAAUUAAACUUCCCUUCCUUGUCAUGAUUAUCAAAAAUCUGAAAAAAUAUUUUACAUUUGAAGUUCAGGUACUAGAUGACAAAAAUGUGCGUCGGCGGUUUCGGGCAAGUAACUAUCAGAGCACCACCCGCGUCAAACCCUUCAUCUGCACCAUGCCCAUGCGGCUGGAUGAUGGCUGGAACCAGAUUCAGUUCAACCUGUCAGACUUCACUCGGCGGGCAUAUGGCACAAAUUACAUUGAGACCCUAAGAGUGCAGAUCCAUGCAAACUGCCGUAUCCGACGGGUUUACUUCUCAGACAGACUCUACUCAGAAGAUGAACUGCCAGCAGAGUUCAAACUUUAUCUCCCAGUUCAGAACAAGGCAAAGCAAUAACUGGAGUGCAACUCAAGGGAUAGAUCCUGGAUGUGACUCUUAGUUUUAAAAAGAAACUAUCUGGAGGACAAUGCAAAAACCAAAUAUUUAUAUUAGUUCACUGUGCUAUGGUUCUUUUAUCUAUGACUUGGUGUCCUUUGUCGUGGACGCCGGUGACCAUGCCCUAAUGCCAUAAUUGCAGUGUAAGUACAGUGAGGGAUAAGCCAUCCUUUGUCCAUGGAUGCUGGGGUUUAUCCUGCUGCCUGCCCCAGCGCGGGGGGGAGAGAUUCCCCGAACUGCAGAAUUAAAGAUGUCCCAUAAGGCAGUUUCAGACCUAUAUUUCUAGCUACGGUUUGUUCUUUGUUUUAUAUAUUAUCUGAAUGUAUGUAAAUGCUGUGUAAUAAUUUGGAAAUGAAUAAAAUGGUAUAUUCUUGGUUU